AUGGCACCAACAGAGGAAUCAAUCCUGGGCAAUUUCCUACUCUCACCAGCCCCUUUUCCGACAGUUAUGUCAUUGCAAAAGUUUACAGAACUGUUUCCGAAGCGCCUGAGAUCCCAUCCUCAUAUCAGGACUCUGUAUCGAGAGCUACAGCAAGUCCGUCAACAGGACAUGGACCGAGUGAACGAAAACAUUGACAAUGAGAUCAAGCAAGGGGAACAGCAAAGAGCUGAUCUACGAAAGGCCAGUCAGGCUACAGGUGUUGAAGCCUCAAAUCCCGAAGAGCAACGCGAAAUGGACCUGGAUGUUCAUCUCUUCGGUCAAGCCCCCGCUGCUCCUGCGGAUUAUCACUCGGUGGCGAGUUUACUAGCCGAAAUGGAGAUCGCUACUGCAAAUAUUGAGCAUGAAAUUGCCGGUAUCGAUGAAGAAGCAGCAAGCAUCCUUAAACAGCUCAAUACGACCGUCGGUGAUAUGAGCGAUCUCCGUUACGGGAAACUGCAAGGUCCUGCUGGCACCGCAGAAGAUAUGGCCAGUCAGGCUAUACAGGGGUUGCAGAACCUCGAAGAUGCUUGCUAUAAGAAGAAUGCCUCGUGA